AUGCAGGAAGAAGAAAAAGUUGAGAAAUAUGUGUCCCCCGCUCCUUACAAGCCUCCUCUACCCUUUCCCCAAAGGUUAGCUAAGGCUAAAUUAGAAAAGCAGUUCGGAAAUUUUUUAGAGAUUUUGAAAAAGUUGCACAUCAAUAUCCCGUUCACUGAAGCUAUUUCUCAAAUGCCUUCCUAUGCUAAGUUCUUGAAAGAGAUCCUAUCUAAUAAAAGGAAGUUGAAAGAAUACGAGACUAUGGUCCUUAUUGAGGAGUGUAGUGCUAUCAUCCAAAACAAGUUGCCUCCUAAACUUAAAGAUCCAUGUUCAUUUUAUAUUCCUUGUGUUAUUGUUAAUAUCUCUAUUAACCGUGCUUUGUGUGAUUUAGGUGCAAGCGUAAGUUUGAUGCCGAUGUCUAUUUGUAAGAAGCUUGGUAUAGGUGAUUUGAAGCCAACCACGAUAUCACUCCAAUUGGCGGAUCGAUCGGUAAAAUAUCCGGUAGGUAUACUUGAAGAUGUACCUAUCCAGGUCGGUAAGUUCUUUAUCCCGGUUGAUUUUGUUAUUUUAGAAAUAGAAGAAGAUUCUAACAUUCCAAUUAUAUUAGGAAGACCCUUACUUGCUACUGCAGGUGCUAUAAUCGAUGUUAAAAGUGGAAUGAUCUCCCUAAAUAUUAGAGAGAAAACGAUAGAAUUUGAUUUAAGUAAUGCUAUGAAAUUCCCUCUAACUGAUAAAGUUUGUUACAUGGUCGAUGUGAUUGACAAGUGUACACAUGAGCAACUUGCAAACCAUUACUCAGCUGAUCCACUUGAGAAGUGUUUGGUAAGUGAAGGUUUAAUAAAUGAUAAAGACCCCGAGGUAGCCGCGUAUGCUUAA